AAGAUGUUGCUUCCUAUUUGUGCCCGAGUGCUCGCUGUGCUCUCCUUUUUCCUCUUCUGUGCCACCGCUCAGGUCUUGCAAAGCGGUGUCUUUGAGGCCGACGACUCCAACUUCGAGGACGUUGUAUUUCAGAAAGGAACGUACUCCUUUGUCAACUUCUACUCCCCCUCAUGCACCCACUGCCAACAACUAGCUCCCAAUUUCCACCAUUUGGCCCACAUCUACAAGGACUCCAAACUAAAUUUUGUUCAGAUCAAUGGCUUGCAUAACAAAAGAAUCAGAAAACAGCUCAAGCUAAUCGGCUUUCCUCUACUACGUCUUUAUUCCUCUGAUGGUUCUCACAUGGCUUCCUUCAAGGGCUCAAGAUCCGUUGAAAACAUGGUCCAGUUUUUGAUCCAAAAUACAGGCAUCUAUCCCGAUCUUUCUUUGAUCCAAAAGGACCAGAAUGAGCGAAUCGGUCAAAGUGACGAAAUUUCAUCCACAAACCAAAAAAAACUAAAGACAAAAGACAAGCCUCGUGGCUUCUACUUGAAUAAUCUCAACAACUACGCCAACGGCGAGGACAUUGUGGACGAAGACUCUUCUGACACAGAAAACGACGAGUACUUCAAACGAAUGAGAGAGUUGUAAUCUUCUCUGCCCUAAUACAUGUCUUUUCUUUCUUCUCUUCCUCCUACUUCUUCGAGUGCUGUUCUGGUGCCCGCCGCUUUGACACCGCUGCGAUGGUUUAUGCGUGUCUUACGCAUCUGUCUGCUGCCUCCAAAGCUUGUUUCUCAAACCGCGUCUGACACGCAACGGUCGCUCUCUCCAG